GGGAGUAUUACCAUAAACCUAGUGUACUCGUGGCAAACGAAUUAUUUGUACAUAUGUACACGCCCUGAUGUAGUACGAAGUUUAAAACCAGGAAAAUACCCCGGGAAAGUACAGCACUAACUGAUAUCAUGUAAGCGAUAGAAUACUGAAGGACCAAUAAGUACUAGUGGACACUAGUAAAGUUUCGAGAUUCCGUACAGUCUUCCAACAGUAAGUGACUGAUAUUCCGAUCGGUUUGGAUUACUGCGUUAGUGUACAUGUUGCGUCUGUAUAGACUUUGGAGAAUGUGGCCAAGAUCGGUACAGAGGUGGGGCAUGAGGCUUCUCGUUCUCUCUUUGAUAACCACCGUCUACUUCAUUAUUAGUGCCGCGAGAGCAGGGGACCACGAUAGGUCGGAGUAUAUCACCCAAAAACGGGAUGAAAAACUGGAAAAACAUGGAUCUACUGUCAACCCAACACCUAUAAUUGGUAUCACUAGGGAUAUUACAGCGAAGCCUAUUAUUCCCCCGAAGAACACGUCAAAACUUAAAGCAGUAAAUAACCCCAGCCCGUCCAAAAUAGCAGCUUCAGCCCAUCUUCCAACUGCUCCACCUAAACCACAUCUUGGAGAUAUAGAAGGGUUGAUACUAGCCGCCAAUGCGAGUCACGAGGACUGGCCGAAAUAUAGGCACACGUUAACAGGGAUUCAAAACAAAUUGUUUAAAUUCGAAAGACCCCCUGAUGCAAAGUAUAACUUGAAUGCUACAUUAAGUGAUGGUAUUUCAUUAGAUAGGAUGAUCCCCGAUACAAGACCUAAUGAAUGUCUAAAGCUGCAGUAUGAGAUUGAUGAUUUGCCUAGGGCCAGUGUCAUCAUUCCAUUCUAUUUUGAAUCACUCUCCAUGUUAUUACGAACUGUACACAGUAUACUCAAUAGGUCUCCUCCAAAACUUCUGGCGGACAUAAUUCUAGUGGAUGAUGCUAAUGAGGAAGAAUAUCUCCGCGAUCCAUUAUGGGAUUAUCUGAUACAUUUACCAAAAGUGAGAUUAAUCCGCCAUGACGUCAGACAGGGGCUUAUCAGAUCUCGGAUGCAAGGUGCCCGAGCCGCCACUGGUGACGUCAUCAUAUUCCUUGAUUCGCAUACUGAGGCCAAUAACAAUUGGCUGGAGGAAAUUCUUUCCCAGAUUAAAAGAGAUCCUCACGUCGUAGUGCAGCCAUUGGUUGAUGAUAUUGAUGCCCAGACAAUCAAAUAUGGUAUUACAGGCGGCAACAAUAUCGGAAUAAUGAGUUGGGAUCUUAAGUAAGUUAAGUUCGUGUCAUAACGUUCAUUCAGGUUAUUUAUAGCCUACAUGUACGAGGCCACAAUGCAAUCAAAUCCUACUGAACACUUUAAUUGAAAGCUAUUUUUAUACCAUGAAAUACAUUUGAAAUUGUUAUCUAAUAAUUCUAAUUAUGAUGUAAUCAAUUAACAUUUUGUUCAUAACUAAAAUGCACAUCAAUCAUAAAUUAAUUAAUCAAUCAAUCAAUUUCUGUGCUGAAACGACCUUAAAAUAUAAUUGUAGCUAAUUGAAAGUGUCCAACCCUCUUCAGAAAUGAUUCUUUAUAGUAAAAAUGCUCAACUUGAAUGAGUAUUAUGCUAGUAUUUCCUGCAGACAUUUUGACUGAUCCAAAAAAUGCAAAUAAAUAUUGUCUUAACCAAA